AUGGCUGCAACUCAUCCUUACAGGCAGCUGUCCUAUAACGGAAUUAAACCACACCAUAGCCCGUUACUGCUGAUAUCUAGCAACCACAACAACCACAACAACAACCACCACCACCACCAGAACAUAUUUGGCACAUUGCAAAGCACAUUCAUCAAGUUUCUGAAUCGAAUAUGCAUCAAACUAGGUAUCAACAGAGAACAUAGGCGAAAUAUCCAGCUACUCAUACUCACAGUACUUAUAUUCUGCAUCACCUUCCUGUUGGUGCUUUUCACUCCCAACCGUGAAAAGAUCCUGGACAUGUUAUUGUCGUCCCCCGGAACAAUUAUAAACCAGUUUGGAUCGAUGUACGACAAAAUCGAAGUAAAUAUCAAUUCUACAGAAGAAGCAACAUUCAACAAAAACUUGAAUAAUUUGUUACAAAACAAAUUGGAGGAUGAAGAAAAAAACACUAAACCAGGCAAAUUGUGGGUUUUGCAAAAUGGCAUUUACAACAAAAUGAGCGAGAUUCCUGUACCUAGCUAUUUUUACUCAAAGAAAGAGACUAAACCCGAAGUUCAACCAUUUGACUCGAGAUUCACUUUGGCAAUGUACUACAACUAUAUAAAUAAAGUACUACUGAGUAAAAAGACAGAGACAAGUGGCAUUAGUGAAACUCGGAGUGAAACUAGUGAAACUAGUGAGCCAUCAGAUAGAAUUAGUGUACCCUCUAAUUGGAUCGAUUGGAAAGAUCUUAGCUCAUUGUACCCAUACAUCUUGGCCCUGGAACUGGAUAAAUUGCUGUGUUCUGACUUGGACUCACACAAUGAUCACGACUUAAUCAAGGGUAAAGAAGAGGCAAAAGUUGAAAAAGAAAAAGCAUGGGAAAAGGAAAAAGAAAAGAAAAAGGAACUAGAAAAAGAAAAGGAGAAAAAAGAAAAAGAAAAAGAAAAGGAGAAAAAUGAAAAUGACCAAAAAGGGUUGCAAAAGAGAGACUUGAAGCACUAUGGAGAAGUGUUUGACCACGAGAGAUGGUGCGUACCAGAUUCAAACCUUUCACCUGACCACAAUGACGGCCACAAGUUGCACCCAGGCUUCAACGUGUUCCGACCACCAGGUCGUAUGACAGAAUCCAAGUACAGAUACGCUGGACAAUCCUAUCUAUAUUCAUUUGCACCACCACCAUCCCAAAUUGUCUUUCUCACAGACAAAGGACCAAUCAGUGUAGACACAGACUCAAACUUGGGUCUUUUGAAUAACCAAUUACCCGAACAAUACGUUGCAGACUCUUCUUCAUCCACCAAGAUCAAUCUUGUAAAGGAGUUUCAAACUUUGAAAAACAACUACAACUUAGACGAAACAAAGCUCAUUAGUUCAUACCACCACAAUAUCCCCGAAGAACACUUUAAAUUCAACCAGACACAAGCACUUGCUGAUUUAGAAAAAAGAAUUGCUCUGGGUGAAAAACUUAAUCAGAGAGAGAUCAACUACAAGGAGUCUCUCGAAUUUUCUAUCGACAAGAUCAAAAAUAGUCAUCCAGGUAAGUACUUUUAUGAAGCCAAAUUGAUGGGUACCAACCACGGUGAUCAUUACGAUUGGCGAUUUUUCAACAAGAUGCUCUUGAUGUCGCGUGAACAGGCAAUGACAUUGCACCAUUUGGUCCGCGCAUGGCUUUCUUUUACUAGACAAAAUGGUAUCACUACAUGGAUAGCACAUGGCUCUCUUUUGUCGUGGUACUGGAAUGGAAUGAACUUUCCUUGGGAUUUCGAUAUAGAUGUACAAGUGCCUAUAAGAGACUUGCAUCUCCUCAGUAUGAAUUUCAACCAGAGUUUAAUUGUUGAAGAUCCAACUGAAGGAACAGGUAGAUACUUUUUGGAUUGUGGAUCAUAUGUUGGACUUCGUGAGAAGAAUAAUGGAAACAAUGCCAUUGAUGCAAGGUUCAUCGAUGUUGACACAGGAAUGUACGUUGACAUUACUGCGCUUGCAGUAAGCAACACCAAGGCCGAGGAAAAAUACUGGAAAGAUAAUUUGCCACUGCAUGUCAAGAUUAAUGAAAAUGAUUGGACAGAAUUAAACACGGUGAUGAAAUUGUACAACUGCAGAAAUAACCAUUUCUACUCGUACGAUGAGAUAAGCCCCUUGGUGAAGACCGUUGCUGAUGGCGAGAUUGCAUAUAUUCCAGCCAAAUGGGAAAAUAUGUUGAAAAGAGAAUAUAGAUUGGGUAUGACCCAACCAAAAUUUGAAAAACACGUGUGGUUGGACAAAUUGAGAAUUUGGGUUCCCGAAGAGGAUGUGUACUACUUUUUGAGAAACAAGACAAGCUGGAUUGAGUAUUACUCAAAGCCGGCACUGGAAAGAAAUGGUGUUGAUAGUAACGGAAACCCUAUUUUACCAUCAUACUGCUUAACUGAAGAGGAAAAAGCAGAGUUGCGCAAGUUCCAUAACCCAUUCAAAGACCCAGCAUACUUGUAUGCCUUGAGAGAUUCUCAUUUGGAAGCGAUCAAAAACGCUACCUUGCAAGAUAUGGAAGCGUUUUUGCUAAAAGAUGAGUUGUUGCUCACGUAUAUUUCCUCUAGACGGUUUACGUGGUUCCACAUGGACGAAAUGGAAAACAAACUACUUGCUGGUGAUGUCGGAGAGUCUGUUUUGGGUUUAGCAAAGGAGUUGGUGGUGGAAUCUGGAACCAACCUUGAAUUGGAAAAGCAUAUCAGAACAGGCUCAAUGAUGUUUGACCCAUUCCUUUAUAAUAUGGUGAUGCGCGGUGAAAGUUUUGAACUGAGAAUUGAGAAUGUUCAAAGAUUAAUGUCGCUAAAUCAAGAAUGA